AUGUUAGUCCAGUCUCUUGCUGGCGAUUUUGAUUCUAUUAAUGAAGCUUUCAUGCUAGCAAACGCCAAUGGGAAUACAAGUACAGGGAGCGGGUGUACCAGCAGUAGUUAUAUAGGCUCACCAAAUUCACCUCUAAGUUGUACCAGUAGUCACCCACCAAAUACUUCUGCUUCUUUGAUGCAGCGAAGCCUUAGUAGCCACUCACUCCAUAAAAACGGGUUUUACCAGCAUGUUUCAUCUCCCGUUGGACUUCAUGACCUGGAUAUUGGGUCAGUUAGAAGGGUUUUUAGCACAGGUGAUUUGGAUCAGGGACUCCAAACCUUACGCCACCACCACCCGGUUGGAAGUCCAUUAGCAAAUGAAAGUACGAGCAUUAUCAUUGAAGGUAUGACUAAGGCAUGUCGCUACAGUCCUGAAGAGAAAAAAGAAAGAAUUGAGAGGUACCGCAGCAAGAGAAACCAGAGAAAUUUCAACAAGAAAAUUCAGUACGCAUGCAGGAAGACAUUAGCAGACAGCAGGCCAAGAAUACGGGGUCGAUUUGCAAGGAACGAUGAAAUCGAACAGCCUACCACUUUCCAAGACCUACAAUGGAAUCAGAUGGCAGGCGAUGAAGAUGAUGAGGAUGAAGGGCAGUGGAUUCAUCUCCUGAACUCCCUUUCAACAAAUUUAGUUCCUUGAAGAAUGUCCAUUAUCAGUUAGAAUGCUUGUUAGACUUUUAAGUGUCAAACAUUGUUUUCAAAUUGCAGCAUACAGCAAGCAGCAAUCCUAGGAAUUCAUCAUGUAUAUAAUUCUGGUGGGUGAAGUAUCCUAAGUAACAUGGUACUAGAAUUGAUAAGCAUUCAAAGUAGUUUGCAUAGUAUUUUGCAUGACGGGGUCAUGCAUGUAAAAGUAAAUGUACACCAUUUUGAAUGCCCCAAUCAAUUAAGAACUAGUUCAAGUUCUAUGCCAUUAUUUGGCCCCAUAGAACAUUAAAUAAAAGUUGGACAGGCUUUUAGUAAGAAUGCUGUAAUAUCUCUACAUAUUUUAAUCCGUAACACUAAUAAUAUGAUUACACUUAAUUAUGCA